AUGUUGAAUUCUAUAUCUCGAUAUCUGAUUCAAUCUAUUUGGAAAAUUAACCCAACACAAUACAAAUGCUUUUCUGUCUUAUCAUCAUCAAAUGAAAUAAAUUUAAAGAUGAAGAAAUUAAUUGAUUCUCAACAAUAUAAACGAGCUCUGGAGUUUUUUGAUCGUCAGUUAUCAAUAUGCAACAAUAUGACAUUUAGUUUAGCUUUAAAAGCGUGUUCUAAAUUGAAUGAUUAUCAAUAUGGUAUUCGAAUUCAUCAACAAUUACCAGUAAAGGCACUUAACGAUAAAUUUAUUCAAACAUCGUUAAUUCAUUUCUACAGUAAUUAA